UAUUAACAGACGAUUUCUGUAUUAACAUAAAUGAUGCAGUCAGAUAAAGACGAAAUCUUUUUAAUUCAAGCUGAAGAUUGUAUUGAUGAACUUAUGAAUGAAUUAGACAAUGUUUUAUGUUUAUUAGAGAAUUCGAUAGAUGAUACUUGUGAAAAUAUUGAUGCACAAAUAAUGGAAACCUCAUUACAUUCUUUAAGAGAUAUAUCAAAUUGCUUAUUAAAGAAUGUUAACCUUGAUUGUGACAAAUUCACUGAAAGAAUAAAAAACUAUCUUCAUAAAUUAAACAAACUUGUGCAUAAUAAACUAAAUGCUAGAAAAUUCGAUCAAUCAAAUGCUCUUAUAUACGAAAUAUUUUCCAGAUUUUUAUUAUUGAAUUUGAAUAUGAACAAUGAUUUUAAUUUAUCAUUUAAGAUAAAAAAUUUAAUUAUUGUGAUGAAAUUAUUAUUGAAAGCUUCUCGAGUCUGGAUGAUCAAUAAAAAUCCAUUGGAUGCAAAACAAACUCUCGACUUUUUACAGCUGUGUUUGAAUAUGUUUCAGGAAAUAAUUAAAAAUGGAAAUUUGUCUAAUAAUUAUAGGAUGGAUUUAGAAAAAUAUAAAACAAUAAAUAUGUUAUAUCGUUUGGAAUUAUCUGUUAAUGCAGGAGAAAACGAAAAGGGUAGCAACUAUUUUUCUGAAAUUAAAGAAAUUGUUUAUAACUUUCCUCUCCUCCAAAAUUAUUUGACUGAUCUUUGUUAUAAUAAUGGAGUCAAAUGCUUUGAAGAAGAAAAUUACGAAUGGAGUGUUUUUUGGUUGAGAGAAUCUUAUGGGAUGAGGAGAAAAGGAGAAGUGCAAUCAUCCCAAUCAUCUCAAACGUUAAAAUUAUUAGCAAAUGCUUAUAUUAAAUGGGAUGCUGAACGUUAUUGGCAAAAAGCUCUUCAUGCUAUUGAACUCGUAGAUACUCAAGGUAAACAAUUAGAAUGCUUUCUGGAUAGGUUAUAUAUUAUUCUUCGUAGUGGGAAGCCCUCAUAUAUCGAAGAAUUUGUUAAUAAAUUGUUAGAUUCAUUCACCUUUAAUUGUAACGCAAUACAAUUCGCAGAAAUGUUAUUGAAAUUUGGUUAUGUCCAAUUGGCAUUAAAAUUUAUUCCAAAUUUUAAAGAUGUAAAACAAUCAGAGAUUAAAAGAUUCUUAACUUUAAAAUUAAAUUUAUAUUUUGAACAAAGAAAUUUUAAAGAAGCUAAAAACGUUAUAAAGCAAUAUUUAAAUAAGCUUAAAUCGUUAUCUGAUCCUGAAUCUGAUCAAAAUGUAUUUCUCUUUGCAAUGGAAAUUGGCACAGGGUAUUUUAAAGAAAAAUUAUAUGAGGAUGCUGUACAAUGCUAUCAAUGUUGCUUAUUGAUAUACGAAGAGCUUACAAAUACUAAUAAUCACCACAAUGUUCAAGACCAUAUGAACUGGUUGAAACGGCAAUUGUCCUUCAGUUAUAUAGAAGCUGGAUUGGUUGAUAAAGCAAAAGAACUACUCGACGAUACAGAAUUUAUCAAAAAUGGAGACGUUUUAAGUAUGCUCUUAGCUUUAAAAAUAGGCAUUCUUUCUAAAGAUAAGAAAUUAAUUGAAGAAACAGUAAAUGUUAUUGUUUUGAAGAUAAAUAAUCAGAAGACAUGUAUUAAUGAUGCAGUGUCGACUGCACUUGUCCAUUUAGUAAUGAAAUAUUACCGUCUUGCUCUAGAAAAUAAUGGUGUUGAAUUUAAUAUUCAAAUUUUUGACAAAUUAUAUGAUAAUAUUCUUGGAAAUUAUCCAAUAAAAUUAAAACUUCUGCAAUGUUCUAUUCAAGUUCAAAUUUCACACGGAGAAGAAAAUUUAGAUUUUAACAAAAUUCUAUCGGACGUAGAAAAAAGCGAAGAAUGUCUUCAAGCAAUACAAGAUGAUCAAGAAAUAGAAGAUAAAUGCGUUUGGUUUUCUAAGAUAUGUUGGAAUAUGGCUAUUCAGGAGAAUGUACCUCAAUUUUAUGUAUAUCGAUUAUUUAGUAUGGGCUGGAAAAUAAUGAAUAUUUUAAAGGAAGUUAAUGUGGAUGUUAUUACAAGAAGGAAUAAUUUCUUAUUGUUAGCCGUCGCUUCUGGAUUAUAUAUGUUCCGAAGUGAAAACGAAACCAAUUUGAAUAGUCUAAGUGAAAUGAUUUUCAUGAUUGAUCAGUACAAGAAGAGUAACAAUUUAACUGGAAACGUUGAGCAUGACAACACUUUUAUUCAAAUACUAUUACUGUAUGAAUUUGAAAUCAGAAUCAAAUUAAAAAGUCCAACCUUGCAAAAUUGUUUUGAAUGUAUGUCGAAUAUGACACAGCUUGAUGCAAAAUUUUUCGAAUUAAUAUCAAGUUUAUCCAUGGAACACAAUUUAUUAUACUAUAGAAUUACUAUUAAUGCAUUAAAAUUAGCAAUCACGAAGAAUCUGAAAAAUGAAUGUAUAGAUGUGAUGCAACUGAGUCGCAAUUAUCACAGCUUAAUUCAUGUUAUGUUAAAAGUAUUGAACAGUGGAAAAACAGAUAUAUAUAAAGAAACAUUGUCGUGUUUGACAGAAUUACUACGAAUUAUUCAAACUAAAUUGAAUAAGCAGUAUCCUGAAAUAGAGUUGGUGUGGGUAAUGGUAGAAUGCUGGAAUUGUGGCAUUUAUUUUCUGAUGAGAAACAACACAGAAAAUGCAUAUGAAUGGUGCAAUUUAUCGUUAAAAUUUUUACAAUAUUUAAAUGCCUUAAAAUCUGUUCAUGAAGAUAAAAUGAGAAAAAUGUUUAAAGAGUUGUUUUGUUCAUAUUUAAAAUGAAUUUGCCCAGAUUUUAAUAAGAAAUUCAUUUUAAAGUUCAUAUUGUUUAUAUUUAAGAUAGAAUUACUCUUUUAUUUAUUUUUUUCUAGAAAAUAGCAAUUCGCUUAAGAUUGUAUUACUCAAAUACUUAUUAACAAGAAUUUAAAGU